UAUUCUCAGCCUCUUCUGUGUUGUAGGUAGACGUGUCUGUGAUGUGACUGAGUUUCAUCUUGUGCACAUUAUUUAUCUGUGGACGUUUUUAUAGUUUGAAGUCACAGACGAGAGCAGCAGCUACUAUGAGUGUAACUGCAGCAGCCAGUGGAUUUGUUGUCCUUCUUCUCACUGUGACAGUGGUACAGUGUGAGAAUGGCUGGGAUGUGAGUUACACUUCUACUGAGAUCUGUGCCGUCAGAGGAUCAACAGUGGACAUUACCUGUACCUACACAUACCCAUCCACAUUUAAUAACCAUGAUACUACAGUUCAGGAAACUUUCUGGUUCAUUAAAGAGAGUAAUGGGAUUCACGUUGAUCUAAGGACUGAUCCAGAGUAUGCAGGUCGUGUGGAGAAUCUCUGUGGAAACAACAAGUGCACUCUGAGAAUCUCUAACCUGAGAGAGAGCGACUCAGCUGUGUACAAGUUCAGGUUCACAACAAACCAACCUACUGGGAGUUUAACUGGUUCAGCUGGUGUCACUCUGUCUGUCACAGAUUUGCAUGUGCAGGUGAGCAGAUCAGUGAAGUCUAACUCUUAUUACUGGGCAGAGCUCAGGUGUCAGAGCAGUUGUCGUCUUCCUGAUCAUCUGAACUACGUCUGGUACGAGAAUCAACAGAAGAUGGAGGAAGGAGCAUCUUAUUCACGUUAUUUUCUUCGUACAGACAGAGUUUCCUGUGCUGUUAAAGGACUCGAGGAUUUCCACUCUCCUUCAAUUGGUAUGGAGUCAGAUUGA